UCUUACAGAGAAUUAGAGAGAGAGAACUGAGAAACAUUUUCAUCUCUCUUGAUUGAGAAAAAAGGCGAGGCAAGAAGAAAUAGCAAGGUCUGAAAAAUGAGGAUCAAGAUCAAACUCAAGCUCCUCUUCUGGGUUUGUGGUGUGGCCAUUACAGCAUUCUUAGGAAGUUGCCAAGCAGAUGAAUUGAAGAAGAACUUCUACAAGAAGAGUUGUCCACUUGCAGAGGAGAUUGUGAGGAACAUCACAUGGAAGCAUGUAGCCAGCAAUUCAGCAUUGCCACCAAAGUUGCUGAGGAUGCACUUCCAUGAUUGCUUCGUUCGGGGUUGUGAUGCAUCAAUCUUAUUGGACCCCACUCCAAACAACAAAGUUGAAAAGGACACACCUCCAAACAGCUCUCUGGAAGGUUUUAAUGUUCUUGAAGAAGUGAAAACCCAGUUGGAGGAGACUUGCCCUGGUGUAGUUUCUUGUGCUGAUAUCCUUACUUUAGCUGCUAGAGAUGCUGUUUCUUUCCAGUUCCAGAGACCUAUUUGGGAAGUGCGAACUGGUAGGAGAGAUGGCAAGAUUUCAAGUGCCACAGAAGCCUUAGCCAACAUACCUUCACCCCUCUCCAACUUCACUACUCUCAAGCAAGAAUUUGCCAACAAGGGCCUCACUGCCCAUGAUCUUGUAGUUUUAUCAGGUGCACAUACCAUUGGAAAGAGCCACUGCAAUCUCUUCGCUAUCAGACUCUACAAUUUCACUGGGAAAGGAGAUGUUGAUCCUUCACUGAACUCCACCUAUGCUGCAUUCUUGAAAGGAAAAUGCAAGAGCUCCUUAGACAGCACAACCACAGUAGAGAUGGACCCUCAGAGCUCUCUGUCCUUUGACAACCAUUACUUCUUAAACUUGAAGCUGCAACAAGGUCUCUUUUUAUCAGACGCCGGCCUUCUGAUCGAUAAGAGCUUGAGUCAUAUAGUCGAUAAGAUGCUCGUCGACGAAAAUUUCUUCAGGGAGUUUGGUCAAUCCAUGAAGAGGAUGGGAGCCAUUGGGGUCCUUACAGGAAGUUCAGGAGAUAUUAGGAAAAAGUGUAACCUCGUGAACUCCUAAAAGAGUCUUUUGAGUACUUUGUAUUAGAGAUAGGCAACUAAGGGUCUACAGACUUGUAUCAAUAAGUGAGGAUGGAUGACAACCCCAUUCAAAUGUUUGGUAGCCUAAUUUGGGUUUUCACUUUUCAAAUGAUGUGUAUGUAACUUUGUAAGGUGAUGAAUACUGUGAAUGUAUACCAGUUUUCCCACCAAUGAUUAAGACCAUAGUGGUGGGUGAAGAGAUUCUAUAGAUGGGUGAAGAAAAACUUUCCUUUUAUUUGAUUA